ACCAAAGACUGAAACCUGGGGCAAGAAAGGAUAACAUCAACACCGUCUUUUCAUCCAGUUCUCCUGUCAUACUCUCGGUGUCCUUGUUGUUUCUCCCCCCAUAUUAUUUGGAUGAUUUGGUAACUAUAAUGGCCCAGAAAAAUGGAAGCGCUUCCUUUAUGCCAAAUACGCCACUCAACAAAGGUCUCCAACCCCUCUGCAACUGCUCUGUAGCCCAAGUCACCUCCCUGCCUCCAUCCAUCAUCUCCUCCCCUGGCUUAUUAAGCACCUCCAUGCCUCUCGAGAGCAUUAUGACUAACACGGCCUCCACAGCAGUGGGGGCUCUCAUCCUGAGUCUUGUAUUCCUCCUAGGCGUCCCUGGCAACUUCUUCAUCAUUUGGACCAUUCUGACACGUGCUCGCAAGCGGUCCGUCACCACCCUUCUCAUCCUAAACCUUGCCUGUGCCGAUGGCUUUCUGAUGGCUCUGACUCCAUUCUUCAUCAUCUACUUGGUGCGGAAGGCAUGGGUGUUUGGGAAUGUAAUGUGCAAGGUCCUGUUCUACCUUUGCCUGGCCAACAUGUAUGCCUCCAUACAGCUCAUCAUGUUGAUGAGCCUCCACAGGCUGGUGGCGGUGAUGUGGCCGCAGCGUGUCAGCGCCAUCACUGGCCGGAGGAUUGUGUUGCGGGUGCUGCUGGGCGUGUGGGUUCUGGUGCUCGCCGCUUCUGUGCCUGCAGUCAUCUUUAGGGAGGAGAGACUGUUACCUUUUCCGAAUGACAGAAGCCGCCUGGUGUGCGAGCCCUUCCACAAGCUGUGGAGCCAUGUGGUAGUGUGCUACACGCUGGAGCUGGUGUUAGGAUUUGUGAUUCCCUACGGGGUGAUCGUCGGCAGCUACAUCUGCAUCUGGCGCCGCAUCCGACAGACUAAGUUCCGCCGUCGGAUCUUCAGCGAGAAACUCAUCCUUGCCAUCGUGGUGACUUUCUGCCUCUUUUGGUUGCCCUACCAUAUCAUCAACAUGGUGAAGGUUGCAGCAGCCUUGUGCCCAGAAGGUUCCAAAAUAAAAGCAAGUCUGGAACUCGUCUGGCAGACAUGGCGUGCUAUCACCUCCUCCCUGGCCUUCAUCAGCAGCUCCGCCAAUCCGGUCCUCUACGUCUUUGCCGGGAGGUCUUACAUCCGUCAGGAUGGGCUGGCGUUUAUGGCCCGGCUGUUCGAGGGCACGGCGUUGGACUCCGGGACAAAGAAGGGACGUCAGAGCAGCCAGAACAGUCGAGACAAAGACAAAAACACAGACGGCUUAAUGCUGAAGGAGAGAGAUCCAGACUCUGCCACUAACACUAGCACCAACUUGAACGUAAAGAACGGUAACCUUAAAUAAUAAAGGACAGCAGACCGAGCAGGUUUGUCGCUCACGAGGUUAAACUCCAGGGGGCUACGCCUGUGUACCCCAG